UCGGGUGAUGUGAUGCACCCCGGAAUUGGGCUCCCUCCUCUCUGGUUCCGGGUGCGUCACCUGAGAACUGCAGCUGCCAAGUCACUGCAGCUUGACAGCUCCUGCAUUGAGCAUCUGUUCCCUGGUAGUCAUUGCACGUCAUAACUACCGGUCAGACGGUCGCUUAGGCUUUUAUAUAUGUGGAGAUAGAUAGAUAGAUAGAUAGAUAGAUAGAUUCCUAUCAGAAAAUGCAGUGAAAAUUCCAGCUUGGAAUCUUGGAAUGUUAGACUAGAAAGAGCCUUAGCAUUUAUCAUUGAUUCCCAGGCAUGGCUCAUCAGUAGCCUCAUCUGAGUGCCUUUUAGAAAACUGCGUUCCAUUUCAGAUGUACAUUUUCAGAAUCCUUAUUUUGGGGCCUGGAAAUUUGUCAGCCAGAUUUUGGAGUGGUGACCUAAACUAAUUCCUUCUUCUGCGUGAGUGAACGGAAUCCCCCAAAUAUUAAAAUAACUUGCUUGAAGUCUGGAUAGCACAUAAUUAGCACUGUACAUAUUUUAUGGGAAUAAUAGUCUUUUCUCAAUUCCAAGCCUAAUUGUGACUCCAAAUGUUGGUGGAAUGGGAGGGAAAAUGGGAAACAGGAAAGUGGCCCUAGAAUUUGUGUUAGGUAAAAAGAUAUAAAUUGAUGGGGAUGGGGCAAUCAUUGGAUAGGUAUGAUUAGCUGAGCUGAGGCUGUGCGAGAGAUUGCAAUCUCUUUUGGAAGAGAUUGCAGGGAAGGAAAUAAAUUGGGAUAGAAUGAAGAAGGCAGCAAAACACUUACUGGAUAGUAAGUACAGGAAUGAGAACUGAAUAAUGAGUGUAGGCUUGGAUAUAUAAUUUUUCCUUCUCUUAUUUCUGGUUGUGGAAUUGCAAAUGAAGCAGGAAUAAGAAUGAAAAUAAGAUUUUCCUGCUGUGGUAGAAAAAGAUUUCCCUCCACCCUUCCCAAUCCAUUUGUGCAAAUGACACUUGUUGAUGUAAUGAGCAGUGUUGGGGUACUGGAUAGUGGCUAGACUAGUAGUGGUAAAGACUAGCAAGUAGGUUUAACGCACUCUUUUCUUUGACCUCUUUUUCCCUCUCUACUCCAUAUUACUGCCUGUCUUGUGUCGCUACUUAAAGGCCCUUUGUCGGUUUGUAUCAGAGUAAAGUGAGAAUUGGAGGUAAAGUUAGUGUUUCAGGCAGUGCUGUUAUCUGAAGUAGUUGCCAAGAGGAAAUGGUAAGGAAAUGUCUAGCAGUAGUGAUGAGGAGUGUUUCUGGUGUCAGCCAUUUGUAGAUAAGGGACAGUCUUUCAGAUUGAGUGUAUGCAGAUAUGUGAUUUCUAUUUUUGCUACACAGAUUUUAAAAAUAUGACCUCCAUGUAAAUAAAAAAUAUUUUAAAUAUAAGAGUUGUAGACAACUUUUUAAUAAGAAACAGCUAGUUAUGCUUUUCAUAACUAAUUGAGAACUGUAGUGGGGCCAUGUAUAUUUUCAGUUGUUUUUGUAUGACUUUUUUCCAUAAUCCUAGUUACAGGCACCUCUCACAGACACCAGAGAAGUGGAGUGGUGUUAUGGGACAGCCCCCAGAGUUGGAGGGAGAGGGUUGUCCCCAACUUCAAUUCUUGUCCUCUUGUACAAACGAAUUUAAACGACAAAACUCCAGUUGAUUGCAUUGUGAUAAACCAGUUUAUUAAAGCAAUUUAAGCAAGCAAAAUUAUUAAAGAAGCAAGGCAAGCAAAUCUGUUUCAUUUCAUCCAGCUCCGAAGCGCAGAUGGACUGUUCUGGCUAAUCUGAAAAACAGAUGUCUGAUGCAGGUUCAGGGGUUAUAUACCCUCCUGUGUAUAGGUUUCAAAGAUUCUUUUGCUGAAUAUCUUGGUAUAGAUUAAGUCUCAAGAUACUUUUUUUUUUUUCUCAAUGUCUCCCCAUUCACAGUACAAACCAGGCAGUGAUCCUGAGCUGAGGUGUAUAUGGGGCAAGUUUACUCUGCCUCCUAUUUCAAGAUACCUGUUUAUUCCCAGAAUUUGUAAGAAGCAACUGGCAAUAUUAUCUUGCCACGCCCUGAGACUGCUGGCUUCUCUGUUAGGGAUUAAAAAAAUCAAACUGCCCCUUUUCCCUUCGCCCUCCUUUCCUUCAUUCUUACGGAGGCUUUUUUAACCAUUUGCUCUCAUGUAUACUUGGCUGAGGAAGAUAAUAGCUUGUUAUCUGUAGGCCAGCUGCAAAUUGCCCACACUGUUUGGCCUUGUUUUAACUUUCCUGUCUCAGUUUCCCCAUUCCUCCUGCCCUGGAAUUUUCCUAGCUUCUUAUCCUGAAACACUAGUCACAUAAUUCUGUUACUCUAAUGAAUGUUAUUAUGCUUGGCAUCUUCUCUUUUUCCAAAAUUAAAGUAUCCAUGUAAAAAUUCCAAGAAAAUGUAAAGGCUGUGGUUGUUAGGAAUGAAAGUAUGAUCUCGAUUCCAUUUAGUUUUGAUUUUUUUAACCUGUCUUGUGAAUAUAUUUACUUUAGCAAAUUUCAUCAAUUUAUUUAGUCUCUGAAUUUACUUAUUUUAUAUGCCAAACUGAUCAAAGCAAUUAAUCACAUAAACCCAUGCAGUUUAUUAAUUAAUCAGAGAGAAAUAAAAGUACAUUAACCUGGUAACAGUGGUAAGUAUCCUUGAGGUCAUGAGAUUAUGGCUGAUCUUUAUUCUACUUUUCUGCAUUAAAAAAACCAUGUUUUUUAGAGCACUGACAAUACAAAAGUAAUUAAACAAGAGUGAUACUGAAGCAGAAAAGGAAAACACAGGAUAGGUUGGUUCUGAAGACUAAAUCCAGAAAAAAUUGUGUUACAAAGAUUAGCCGUUAUGAGCAGUAUUUUAAGACUCAACAACUAAGCCAAGUUUAGAUGUUUAAUUCUUGUUGAUUAUUGAAAUGGUUUUUCAUAGUUUGGGACAAAGGGUGAGUUAGAUUAGUGGUUCAGGAUCAGCUGAAAAAUAUAUUUGUAAUUGAUUUUUCUUUAGCAGACACCUAAAACAAGAGAAUUGGAGAAAGGGAAAAUCUUUUGAAUUAGAGAUACUUUUCAACUAAACCCAAAAGGUCUAAAAAUGAAGGAAUGAAUGUAAUGUUAGUGAACUGUCAUUCUAGCAGAUGAAAAAAAUGAAAAGAGUUUAAUAAUCAGUAACAAAAGAUAAAGGGAAAUGUGACUGAUAAACAGUCACUUCAUUUAGGGGCACACAGUAUUAUAGUUAUUUGAUUUUGUUAUUUUUAGUUUUCUUUGUAUUAAGGCAUCUUUUUCGGGAAUGUUUUACAUUUCAAAAGGUACAGUAAAAAAAAGUAUUGGUGUAGAUCCUUUGUUUUGUGGGGGAAAAAAUGUAACAACACAUAUAGUGGAUCUCGGUCUUAAUUCCACAUUAGUAUCAACUAUAGAACUUUGUGUAACAGGUAUCUCUAUUAUUUUAAAAGUUUUGUGGAUUAUACAGUGGACAGAGGUGUUGAAGAACAUUGAGCUAAGAAAGUACUGUAUAUUGGAGAAGGAAUCUAGAAGAAAGGAAAUCAGUGGGAGAUUUUGAUAAGAUCUGGCGAGAACAUUGCGAGGAUGAGGAAACACUUUGUGAAUAUGCUGUUGCAAUGAAAAAUUUGGCAGAUAAUCAUUGGGCGAAAAGUUGUGAAGGUGAAGGACGUAUUGAAUGGUGUUGUAGUAUAUGCAGAGAAUAUUUUCAAAAUGGUGGAAAGAGAAAAGCACUUGAAAAAGAUAAAAAAAGAGCUGUACUUGCCACCAAGACCACUCCAGCCUUAAAUACACAUGAACAGUCUAAACUUGAAGGUCAUGUAACCAACCUCAACUUUACAAAUUCUGAAAUUAUAACUGAGUUGCUACAAACCUCAGGGAAGAUCAGAUUACUUGAUGUUGGCAGCUGCUUUAACCCAUUUAUGAAGUUUGAAGAAUUUCUAACUGUUGGCAUAGACAUUGUACCUGCCGUAGAGAGUGUAUAUAAAUGUGACUUCCUGAACUUGCAGCUUCAGCAACCACUCCAGCUUGCACAGGAUGCUAUAGAUGCCUUUUUGAAGCAGCUGAAAAACCCUAUUGAUUCUCUUCCUGGAGAACUUUUCCAUGUGGUUGUUUUCUCUCUCCUUCUUUCUUAUUUUCCAUCACCUUACCAGAGAUGGAUUUGCUGCAAGAAAGCCCAUGAACUGUUAAUGUUAAAUGGUUUAUUGCUUAUCAUCACACCUGAUUCCUCCCAUCAGAAUCGUCAUGCUAUGAUGAUGAAAAGCUGGAAGAUUGCUAUAGAGUCCCUGGGCUUUAAACGUUUUAAGUAUUCAAAAUUUUCACAUAUGCAUCUGAUGGCAUUUAGAAAAAUAUCCCUAAAAACUACAAGUGACUUGGUAAGUAGAAACUACCCUGGGAUGUUAUAUAUUCCUCAAGAUUUCAACAGUAUAGAAGAUGAGGACUAUUCUAACACUUCCUGCUAUGUUCGAUCAGAUAUAGAAGAUGAACAACUGGCAUAUGGUUUUACAGAGCUCCCUGAUGCUCCAUACGACUCAGAUUCUGGAGAAAGUCAAGCCAGCUCCAUUCCUUUCUAUGAGCUAGAAGAUCCCAUAUUGCUUUUAAGCUAAUAUAUAAACAGAAAACCUUUCAUUCCAGACUCCUAAAUUGCCUACACUGAUCGGAAAUACUAGCAUGAACUCAGUACUUAAAACCUGGUUUGCAAAGGAGAAAUGCAAAGGUUGACAGAGUUUGCUAUUUUUUUCUACUUUUGGAUUUUAAAAUUUAUUCUUAUAUAGAAAUCUUAAAGUUUCAUGCAGAGUGUGACUCUUGUCAUAGCAGAAACCACUAUUACAUUAGCAUUUAGCACUCUGAUAUCAUAGAAAGAUACCUUUUUCUUAGUAUUAUUGUGAAAAGUGAAGCAUAAUUUGCUAUGUAUUUUUUCAUCUUUUCAAUGUUGACUUUAAACCAUUGCAGUGAGAAACUUUGGGAUAUGUAGAAAACUGUAGAUUGCACUUUGAUGGUUAACCAGUUAAAUGUAUCACAGAAAUAGAUGGAUUUAGCUGUUUUGUGAUGCACUUGUUCUUUUUUCUAACGAAAUUGCUAUCUGUUACAGAAAGCCAUUUUCUUUUCAGUUUUAUCUGGUGAUCCAAUAUUUCCUGAACUUCUUGGAAUUGAUGGUAAUUUUUGUCCUUGUUCUUGCUCAUUUGGCAACAUCAGAUACUGGGGGAGAGAGUUCCCCCUAAGUGUGUAUUGUAAUUUGAUUAGCACAGUACAAAAACCACCAUUGCCAAAGUAGAGUUUUCAUAACUUUCUUGUUGUUUUGAGCCUUGGUGUUAAAUAUAUUUAACUGUGCAAGUUCACUUUUGUUUUUUUAAAUGUAGAGUUCAUUUACAAAUUAUCCUAUUUAAGUAAGGAACAGUAUAAUACUCAAUAUUGACCUAAAACACCUUUGUGAAAGGGUUUGCACUUGUAAGAGAGCUUAUGUUUUAUCUAGACUAACUUUUCAUAAGGGGUCCUCACCUUUCCACUAAGAAGGUAUACUGCACUACAAGUCUGAAAUUAUAUAGAAAAAAAUUAAAAGUAAUCUCUGCUGGUAGUCUAAUAAAAUGGUUUUGAGCUUUUGGUAUUCUUAUUUCUAUAUAAUUGCUAACUGAAACUUUUCUUUGAAAAUAUAAAUCAUUCAUUGGCUGUGGAAGUUUUCCCUUUCCACAUUGAUAAAUCUUUCUGUGUUUCUGAAUCAGAAGCAAAUGGUUAAGGAGAAAUAUAUGUCCAAACAAGACAAGAUUUAGUUUAAAUAGCUAAGAAUAUUUAGUCUGUGUUGUCUUAUCAGCCAGAAAUUGUGAUGUAAAUUAUCAUUUUUAAGAGUGCCACUGUGUGGAUUUUUUUUUCAAGUGGUUUUUACAUUAAAAUUACCUCAUACUGAGGUUUUUGCACUGAAAUAUCAGUUUCAGAUUUCAUGUUAAUGUACGUGUGUGUGUGUGUGUGUGUGUGUGUGUGUGUGUUUAAAGAAAACUUGUAUUUUCAAUAGUUGAUCCUAAAUUUCAUAAACUGCACUUCUUUACUCUGGUAAAACUGAUGUUUUUGUGCUUAUUGUGAAUUGCCAUAGUUAAUUUUGAAUGUCAAACUUUAUUUAGAAGUACAAAGUGUAUUUUUAAGAUAUAAAUGGUUGAAUGUGUGUACCUGAUAUUUCAAAUUAAAUUUCACAUUCUGAAUUAAUGAAAGUAAUACGAUUGUAAUUAACCUAAAAAAGUCAGUUAACUACAUGCAAUAAAUAUUGGUUGUUCAAA